CUCUCUCUGCCCUUCCCAGGGUCCAUCACUUCCAUCCGCUCCCAGCCCGUGGGCACCUGCAGCUCCCUGAGGGUGCCGGCAGAGUCCCUGCAGCUGGCAGUGCGUUCCCCCGGCCACGAGGGCCGGCACCGCUGGAAGGUCCUUCCCCCCCAGCUCACACCUCGAUCCCCUGCUCUCAACAAGCUGCUCUGCAGACAGGAGGCCAUGCGAAAGGAUUCUGUGGAUGGGCAGACUCCAGAGCGCAAGGACAGCCUGCAAGCAGAGCCCGGAGAGACGAUGCCGUCACCAACACAUCCCCAGAGCACCCUCGCCCCCAGCUCCCUCCAUCCCUCAGCUGCCUCCCUGCCGGGCACCCCUCCCUGCUCCCCGCCGGCCACCCCGCCCCGGCGCCCGGGCGCCCUCCCGCGGAAGCACAGCUGCGGCCAGCACGGCCUCCCCAGCCGGCCGCCCAGCCCCGGCAGCAGCCCUCCGAGCCCCGAGGGCUGCCGCUUCGAGUCCUCCGACCUGGCCGACGAGGAGGUUCGCCACAUCAACAGCUCGGCCAAAGACUGGGCAGGGGAGCACUCGGAUGCCGGCAGCCGCUCGACUUCGCCCUUCCUCUCCCCGGCCCCGUCUCCGGUGGCCCUCAAGAACUGCAGCACAAGCAGCCCCUCCGGGGGCAGCAGCAGCAAGGAGAAGGACUUGAAGAAGUUUUACAGCAUCGACACCAAGGGCUUCCUCAACAAGCCCAGCUGGGCGGACGACCAAAGGCGGCACUCCAUCGAGAUCUGCCCCUCCCUCGGCGACGGGCACUGCGGCUUCGGGGACCAGCCCGAGGAAAAGCAGCGGUCCCCAGCCCACACCCAGGCGGAAUCUUCGGAGUACAUCCAGGGAGCCCGGAGGAAGAAGAAGAUGAGCCCGCCCUGCAUUUCUAUAGAUCCUCCCAUGGAGGACGACGGCGGGGCGGCCUCCCGCAGCAAAGCCUCGGAGAACAGCAUGCUGCGGAGACGGACCCCGUCCUGCGAGUUCCCUGCCUACAGAGAGUCCCUGGAGCUCGCAGAGAGCCAGCCCUCGGAGCUGGCCUCCAAAGCCGAGCGCCGGGGCCAGCCCCCGUGCCGCGGGGAGCACCUGACCGUCCCCAACUUCUCCUUUGAGCAGCUGGAUGGGGGCUCCUUCAGCAGCCUCUCGGAUCUCCGGCUGGACAGCGCACAGCCCGAGCCGGCCCCCGCGGACUCCCGGCUCCCGCAGCCCGCCGCCUCCGAACUGAAAAGCGCGGAGCACUUAAAAACUCAGUGGAGCAACGCGGAGAAAAGCAAAGAGCUCCCGGGCACGGCUAAGAGCCCCCUCCGGAAGCAGGACUUGGUCCCCGUGACUCUUGCCACAGAAGAAGACAUCGAUGACCCUGUAUAGCUCUG